AUGGAGGUUGAUAAUCAAAAGACAGAGCAUGAGAAUGAAGUGUCACAAGAGCUGUCUAGUACUGGGGAGGUUCAGUUGGGACAAGAGAGCAAUGACAGAAAGGAUGAUGAUGAAGAAGAGGAGGAGGAGGAAGAAGAAGACAAGAUAGUGGAAAAGUCUCACAACAGUCGAUUCCACAAAAGGAACAAGCGUUUCCCGAAACAAAUAGAAGGUGUAGACAAUGCUUUUGUUGCAAUAGAGCCGAAAUCUGGCAAGGAAGUUAUAUGGAAUGAAUGUAUCCUUCCUGAGAAAAAGACGGACAAAGAAAACAGGUACUUGUCACUAAUUAAAAAGUUGAAGAAAAAUUCUCACCCAUUUCUCGUGCGCUUCUUGGAUGCCUGGGUGUCGAAAACGGAGGAAGGCCCACGUAAACUUGUUUUCAUUACUGAGCGUCUUGAUGAGUGCACUUUAAAACAAUUCCUGUGCAAUUCUGCCCGGAACAAUCGCGUUAGUACUUUAAAUAAAAUCAAUUUACUAUCAAAACUCUGGCAACCUCCGAGUUGGGCUAUUAGGUGUCUUGAUCAAAAAUCUGAGGCUUUCGAUGUAUACUCACUAGGCGUUGUCUCUUUAGAGAUUGCUGUUUGGACGCCUUUGGAAUUUCCACAAAAUCUGGAUCUGCCUGAAAGAUGUCAACUGAUGAUGUCACGCCUAGACAACAACAAUCAGAAAAGUUUCAUCGAAGCAUGUUUUGACACUAGUUCUGCAACAAAAGGCCUUAUUAAGCGUCUAUUGAACCAUCCGGCGGUUACGGAAGUACCAAUUCUAAAACUGUUAUCUGCCCGAAUGAUAGUUAACUCAAUGAUUUCUGUAACCAAUGAAGAAGGUGGUCAAAAUGAACCGACGGGGUUUGCUAGCUUAUUGAAAGAUUAUCUUAGUCGAUAUGAAGAUGAGACCGUUAUUAUGGAAGUUCACUUUCCACAUGAUAAGUUGGUCAAGACUAGAUUGUGGAAGGACUUUAGAUCAAACUUCACUCUUACUUCCAAGUACCUUGAGGAUGUCAAAAAUGGUUUCUAUCCAUUGUUUGGAUGUCGCUGGGAUGCCUAUCAGGGAGAAGACGAAGAAGGCACCUGUGUUGCUUAUACAGGAGCUCCAGUACCCCCUCCUACUAAUGGCCUGACAAGUAAUCUAUCAACUGGAAGUGGUAUUGCUAAAAAUGAUCCACAUGUUUCAGUUGGUUAUUGUUCUUCGUGUACAUCGACCACCCCGAGUACUUCCGUCUCCCGUAAACAUUCUUUAGCCGUUAAACUUACAGAUUUAACUAGUGGUUCACAAUUUGCUACAGAGGAUCAGGCACCUACACAGUGUGAAGAAACUUCAAAAGGAUGUUUUGCAUGCAAUAUUGACGCGUCGCACGUGGGUCUUGUAGAUUGUCUUUCCAAUCAAGUGUCAAAAACAGAUUCUAGUCGAUUAUUUAAGGUAGCAGAUACUGAUAUGAAAAGGGAUGAUGUUUCAGUCAAAGCAAGCGAAGUACCUGGUCCAAUUUCCGUACCCACAUUUGAUGAUGAUAGCCAUUCACCAUCGAAAACAGCUCCACCUCUAAAGACGAGUCAGACGAUAGAAAUAGGACAAGCAGAGUUAAAGUGGUCAGAAAAACCUUUCGGUCCACCGUUGGAUAUAACUGAAAAAAGUGAAAUUCGUGGUCAAAAUACACUUGAAACCCGUGAAGAUGAUACAUGUUUAGCUCCACCACCAGAUGAACCAAUUCAACCCGUACGCAAAUCUCCACUCAGUGCGAAAUCUGAUCUUUCUGUUGACAUACAACAACAAAAAGAAGUGACUAAUAGUGAUACUAUUGGUUUAACUGAGGAAAAAGCCGUAGAUGCGAAUACAAUAAGUGGUUCUGCAGUAUCAGAAAAACACGAGAAUAUUAGCCCUGAACCUGAAGAAGAAGAUGGUGAUGUCGAUGAAGAUGAUGAUAAAGAUGAUGAAGACGAUGAUAAUGGCGAUGAUGACGACGAUGAGGAUGAGAAACGUGUUGUAGAACCAGUUGAACGUUAUGAACCACAGACUGUACACGUCAAUCCUCCAGAACGUGCACCGAACCAUCCAGCUUUAUUCACUCAUUGUCAGUAUUUGUAUGUUGGAGCAGGUCGUUGGCAAGUUUAUGUUCAAAUGUGGUUUGUUGAAGAUCGUUUAAAAAGAGAGACAUACGUACAAGUAUUCGAUUAUGAAUGGCAUGAUCAUGAACGUGUAGCUGAUUUAUUUGAAGCUUCAAAGUGUUUAAGCCCUGUUGAUCGUUCCAAUCUAGUUAGAUUACUCGCUUUAGCAAGACAUAAUUGUGCUCUUAUCGAUGGUGAAUUACAAUUUCCUGGACCGAUUGCAACUAGACAAAGUAAUUUUGAUACACUUGAGUUACACGAAAAACUCGCCGCUCUACACCUUCAUCAACAAGCAAAGGAACUUUUAGUUUCUACUGAUUCUGGUGCAUCUAAGCAUGCAGUACACUCGUCGUCAGUCACACCGAAAGUGGAUAGUUCACAAGCUAGCUCCACUAAACAUGAACAGAAUGGAGGUGAGGUUAUUCGUCAAAAUCCUGCCGCAGUUGUUAAUGAAGUAACGGCAUGCGCUGAACACAUUAACCAAGUCCAGGUGCAUCAUUGUGCAGAUCAGACUCAAGAUACUCCUACACCACGUGAAGCAUCAGUUGGUGUAUCAGAUACAGAUGGAACAAAAGAAAAUCAAGAUCCUGGUCAAAAUAGAAAUAAGACCGCUGAUUCUGAGAACGCCUUAUUCUUAGAUGUUGGUUCACUUGCUCCACGUAAUUCAUAUUGUGCUCUAUGCGAUACACAUGACUACUUGCAUCAAAUUGAACUACCGGCCUAUUUAAUCUCUCCAUGUUAUCAUUGUCGUGAAUAUCUUGCACGUGAAGCUAAAAUUACUCCUGAAAUCCUCUUAGAUUUACAUUUACAGGUAAUGCUAUUAUUAUUUUUUAAAUUUUUAUUACCAUACAAGCGUCAACGAGUCAAAAAAAGUGUUUGAAAACUAGGGGAACUAUGAAUUUACUGGUGAAAAAUGAAUAGGUUAAAAUAAGCAAUAUCCCCGUGAUUGGUUGCAAUUAAAAAAUAAAGAGUAAUGACUAGAAGGAAAUAGUAGAACUAAUGAUAAUGGGGCAAUUAUUAUUGAAAUUCAAAUCUGUUUGGUGAUUGAAAUAAAGCGUAUGAAAAACAAACAAAAAAUACUGAUAUGAUUUGGUGGAUGGGGACUAACAGUGGAAUUCAGUAUAUGCGUUUCGCCCUAUUUGAGGCUCAUCAGUUGGAUGUACCUGCAAUCUUCAUUGUGUGGUGGCAUUUCCACUAAUACUCAAAGAUAUCAUCCAUUGUUUCAAACGUUAAAGCAUUCUGCCCUCGUCUGCUAGUCUCCUCAGAAAUCACCGAAGCAUCGUCCGCACUAGGAGCCGACAUGUCAACGGAGAUCGGACACUUUGGUCCAAUAUAAAUCGAUCAGCGAAAACUACAAAAUUGAUUUAGGCGAAAAAAUAUUAAUAUGCCUAAAACUUAUCAAAUAUUUUUCAAUAUUCUUAGUUACUUUUGUUGAUAAAUUUGCUUCGUAUCAUACUAACUUGCAAACUUGACUGUUGUCAUCUAGAAAGGAAAUAAUACUUUAGUGUGGACAGUGUUUUACCCUGACGCCCAACAUCCUCCCUUUUCUGUAAUCGCGACUAGCUAUUUUGACUAACUAAGUUUCAAUGUAGAACUUCUUUGUGCAGAUGUGUACAGCAGUUCAAUUUGCUACACUCCAUAUAACUGAGGUAGAGAAAGGAAAAAAUUCAAAAGGACAAUAAUGCACGCAGAAAUGUACGGGAGACAGAAUUAUAACUUAGAAGAACAACAGGACUUAACGGAUAUGGGAGAUUACAUUUGAACCAUUCAGAAAAACUUUGAAUCAUAAUAUCACCACUUGUUUAAAGCUAUUGGUUCUUAGCGUCUCAAGGACUCCAACCAGGCAGUCUACCACACCUUGCAUGGGUCAAAUCAGCUGUCUGUGGAAAGGCUGGAGACGUCGUAGAUGUAUUCCAGGCUUUAGACUGACCACUCUUAACUCGUUGCCGACAAGCUUCUAUAUCACCUGACUUUGUUCGACAAGAAAGUCGAUCGCUUGUCACACGUAACACACAUAUUAGCGUAGCUUCACAACCUCAACUAUUGACUUUUCCUCCUUACAUGGCACUCUACGCCUAACCGCUCUAUUACUGACCAUAUUAUACAACUGAACAAAAGAGAUAAAAUGCAAACAUAUAUGGUCAAAGACAGUUAGCCGCUUUCAUGUCUUUCACUUCCAACGACCAUAUCUCACAGCGAUAAAGAUGGAUGGAGUCAAGUGAUGAGCACUAGAAACAUUCUUUGAUGAAUAGUCGUAUAUCACUUCUACACCAGAUAUGAUGUAAAUUGGUCAAUACCAUAUGAUUCUUUUAUUUACGUGCUGAGAUUUCUACAGGAAUCAAUGGAUCACGGUUAAUCCAACUUCCCAAAUAAGUGUAGUGAUCAACAAUCAGCCACUUCACUCCGUAUCUUUGAUCCAGGAGUCUUUGGAGAUCAUACUUUCAGUCGACGAAUCUGUUUCCUGGUAACAAGUCAAUCCCAGAGUCGCUAAAGUCGAUUAGGUUCACAUUUAUUAGUACAUCACGAAAUAAGACAUAAACUGAGACAUUGAGCAUCCCUGACGGACAUCACUACUUUUCUUUGUUUACGAUAACUCUCUAUAACCUCUUGCAUAUAUAACUUCAUGAGUUUGAGCAGAAUAAUUGCACACAAUAUACUUCUCGGAACCCCUUCUACUGUUGAACAUUACCUAUCAGUCAAGGGAAUCAAGGUCAAUAAAUAUAUAAAUCUUGAUCAAGCUUUCUCAGUGUUUUCUAUUGUCUGAAUUCCCUGAUUAAUUUUGCAGGUUUUGUUAUAAUUCUUACAAACUAUGCUGGUAAAAAUAAACCUAAAUUAGCAGUUCAAAAUUCACUUCUGAUUUAACCCGUAGUUCUCAGUGUAUAUGAAUCCCAUAAUUUACUGGCAACGAUUGCUUUUAAAUCUUUUUGUUAUGUAGCAUAACAUACCUUGGCCAGGAUUUUUGCAAGCUAGACUUGGUAUUCCUAGCGAUGGAAGAUCAACUGAAGAAUUAAUUGCUUAUGAUUGCCGAUGGAGAAGUAGACAACCUUGUCGUUGUUAUGCUGCUCAAGAUGGUUCAUUAUUACCACCUUGUGUUGAGUUCCCAUGGUUAACUCCUACAGUCUGUGGAUCUGCGUAUGAAGUGAACGAAACUGUAACAACUCCAAAGAAGGUUAAUAAACUGCAUACAUCGAAUUCCCCUCCAAGCUCAGAAGCAUCCCCAUCGGCCAAUAUGGAAUCACGCGUACCCGAUUCUACCCCAGUUACACAAGCACAAUCUACUACAACAAAUCAAACUAUGACUACCUCUACUGCAACCUCGGUGAACGCAAGUAUCUCAUCAACGACAGGAUGUCCUAAUAUUACUCCUUCAAAAUCAAUACUGCCAUGUUCUAACAGACAUGCUCGUGGUGCUCCAAUAACUUGCUGUCAUGGUAUCCACUUCCCUUUAGUUGGAAUACCAAAUACUACUUCAAAUCAAGGUGUUAAUCAAAACCAAGAUACUAGUAUUCCCUCAUCUACUGACCUUAACGAUUCCAAACAAUCGACUGACACAUGUCCAGCUGUUACACUUCACGAAACACAACAAGGACUAUCAACAAUCAAUGAUUCAUCUUCUUAAUUAUUAUUUUAUAAUAAUACAGUCAUCUUAAUAAUGUGAUUCAAAAACUUGUGCAAUAUAUAAACAAUAUACAUAUAUGUAUGUAUGUUUGUAUGUAUGUAUUUGCGUGUUCAGAGUGUUUUUACCGAAAUUUUAAAUCCCAGUAUGUAUCAG